CUCUCUCUCUCUCAAUGCAAAGGAGAGCAGGGGAAGUGGAAACAUUACAUUGGCAUAGCAAGCCGAAAAUGUAGAAUUAAAGAUAUAUAUGUGAAUGCAGAGCUGUGUAUCACGCACCUUUACCAUACAAUAGACAUUUGAAUCACAGAUGUUUCAUGUUAUAGAUAUGUAAAGAUGACUUUAAAAUUAAAAUGACAAAAAAAAAUCGUCAAUAUGGCGGGGCAGCGCUAAGAAACAGUGCUAAUCAACCUUGCGUCACGUGCUUCACACUCUGCUUCCCGCCUCAGGUCAUCCCUGGGAUGCCCACGCGUUCCUCAGCGCUCUCCUCUCUCCAUCGCAUUUUGCUCAGUUCCUCGUCCUCGCGGAACGUCUCAAUCCGUCCUGACAGUGCGCAGUGGCCCGUCUAGGACCCUUCAGGCGGGCCACAUUGGUCCCCGCCGGUUUCUCCUACAGACGGGCUCUGACGUCAUCACCACCGACCGGGGUAACGGGGAGGAGGAGGCGCUCGGCGAGUGGAUGAAGCGCAGAUUAGGAGGAGGCGCAGCGAUUAGUGAGUGGCGACCGCGCGGACGACGGCCGCACUGAUUCCCUCCGUCGGACACCGCGUGGGACAGGAGAGGGUAUAGAAGACGGUAACACCCCGUGGAGAACACCGACACAACCACACGCGUGGGCGUCCUCCACCGACCAUGUCCUCAGCCGCGAGCGAAACGGAAGAGGCGUCGCGCGGCUCGCCGCUCACGCCCCUGAAGUUGGUGGGGCUUGUCUGCGUGUUCCUCGCGCUGUGCCUGGACGUGGGUGCCGUCAUGAGUCCCGCGUGGGUGACGGCGGACGACCAGUACUACCUGUCCCUGUGGGAGGCCUGCUGGAAGCCCGCGAGCAACGACAACUGGCAGUGCACGAGCACCCUCGACUCAGAUUGGCAGGUUGCUACGCUGGCCCUGUUGCUAGGGGGCGGGGCCCUGGUGCUGAUGUCGUUCCUGGUGGCGCUGGUGGCCGUUUGCAUCGGAACCAGGCGCCGCUUCUACACGCCCGUCGCCGUCAUGCUCUUUGCCGCAGUGGUGCUGCAGGCGUGCUGCUUGGUGCUGUACCCCAUCAAGUUCAUAGAGAGCAUCAGCCUGAAGAUCUACCACGAGUUCAACUGGGGCUACGGCCUGGCCUGGGGAGGGACCAUCUUCUCCUUCGGCGGGGGCGUCCUCUACUGCCUCAACCCUAAGAACUACGAGGACUACUACUGAACCGGGAGUCGGACCAACCACCUGCCAGGACG